CGCACACGCACGCGCGCAUCGGCGGCGAAGACGCGCCUCCCUCCCUCCUCCUCCUCCUCCUCCUCCUCCCUCUCACCGCCCGCGCGAGCCAGGCGCGCCCCCGAGCGUCCUCUCAGCUGCUGACUCCGGAGCCGCUGACUGGAGAGCGCCGUGCGAGUUGAUACCUGAAGCUUGAGGCACCAGGAGUCAUGUCAGACUGGCUGCUCAUUGGAUUGUUCGUGGCACUGGUUAUACUUCUGCUGCUGACAAUCUUUGGUUUUGCUGUGUAUUCGGGACUCUUCGCAGAAGUGGUUGUCAGCGCUGGCUUGCCCCCAAUUGGGAACAUCACUGUGGCAUACAAAUUUCAGAUUGGACCUUAUGGUGAUAGUGGAAGACUGUUUACAGAGAGCUGCAGCAUCUCUCCAAAGUUGUGGUCCAUCGCUGUGUACUAUGACAAUCCUCACACAGUGGAUCCAGAGAAAUGCCGUUAUGCUGUUGGUCGUGUUCUGAGUGAAGGAGAAGAGAAGCCAUCUGAGGAAGUGGUCCGCAUGUUCUUGAAGUAUGGUUUCAAGAUUAUCAGCUUCCCAGCUCCUAGCCAUGUGGUCAUGGCAACCUUCCCCUACACAACUCCUCUGUCCAUCCAUCUGGCUGUGAACCGUGUCCACACGUGCCUUGACACAUAUAUCAAGGAGAGGAAGCUCUGUGCCCAUCCCAGAUUGGAGAUCUACAAAGGCGACCAGAUUUAUUUUGUGUGCCCCCUUGCUCGUCAAGGGGACUUCUAUGUGCCUGAAAUGAAAGAGCUGGAGAAAAAAAACAGAGCAGCAGCAGCAGAGGUUGAAGAUGCUCAAACAGAUAUAACAGGAGCUGACACUUUGAGUGAGACCAGCUCUAUCAGCAUGGAAGCCACAACCGACAGUAGGGAGACUUCAGUGGCCACCUCUGUCUUGUCCCCUUACAUGUCUGUCCAUGGCCGCGAAGAAGUAGACAAUCGGAGUGAGCAUAGCUACAGCGAAUCUGGAGCCAGUGGCUCCUCCUUUGAGGAACUGGACUUGGAAGGCAAUGGUGAAGGAGCAGAAGGUUUGUCUUCUGACCUUGGCUGUGUUGAGGACCAGGACGCCACUAAGGGCAAGUGGACCAAAGAGCCUAUUGCCCUAGAGAAAGAAAAGGAUGAAGAAUAAAGCCAUCUUUUGACUCAUGUUUCUUAGGGAUUGGAAAGAGAAACCGAUCAUCUCUCUUAUUUUCUGUCCAGUCAAAAGAUUUUGGUUACUGAUUCAUAUUGGGACCGGUCCUUCUUUUUGCCUACAGCUAGAUAUUUUGAGGUAUGAUAAAGGAAGAGAGAUGACAUCUUAGGCUACUCUGUCUGGUUGCCACUAUCCUGUAUCCAGGUUUAAGGAUACAUAUGUGCAGUAACAGGAAACUGAGAGUGGAAUGGCAUAGAAUGGUGGUGGGGAUCUCUUCUGUUGAACAGUGUAUAAUGUAUAAUGCGUGAAAGAGAGAGUGAGCGUAAAUGAAUGACCAUGCAAGGAGCGCUAUAGAUAGACUGGCAUUUGUGUACAAAUUCUUUCCUCUUCUCUCUCUAUCCCAUACGUCUCAUAAUUGCUCCCUUUUUAAUAUCUUGCAGACAUUGAUUGGCAUUACAUUCACUAAUAUCAAAGAGAAGUAGUUAUAUUUGAUAUUGAAAAAUGUAGUGCAAACCACUAAUCCUUAAACUGCCAUCUGAGCUUUCCUAAUCAGUUACACAAUUAAGUUUCCCUUUGAAAUCUGAAGGUUUGCAAGCAGAACCACUGUAACACCAAUCACUCCCAUGUUGCUUCUGCUGUCUUUCCUAUUAUUCCUCACUUCACCCUGCAAUCACCUUCACUUUCUCUCUUUUGGAUUGAAUUUUCAUGUAAUAAAUCAAGUUCAUUAUAGUUUUAGUAAUUGUACAUUUUCACAUCUGUUAGUCUAUCCCUGGAAACUGAGUUUGAGAUGUUUCCAGGCUAUCUUUUAAUGUAAAAGAGGCCAUUUGAAAGAAAUUAAUACUGUUGGCAUUGAUGAUGUUAUCUUCCUGUAAUCCUGUAAAAAAAAACUGUGGUGACUAAGCAAUAUUGUUGCAUAAUAGGUACAGUAGAAAUGAUGCUACCAAGACUGUCCAGUCCUGGGACCCAGAGAUUGUGUGGCCAUUAAAUACAUGUGAGUUUCACAUAUCCAGAAUAGAGAAGAUUAGGUAUGAUAUAUGAGACAUAGUGGUAACCAAAAUAGAUUUCAUAUGGACAGGAAUUAUGUAUAUGACAUAUAUGCACUAUACACAUGCCUCUCUAAUCAUUGCACAAGGAUGUAUUCUGAAGCUCCUUGCACAAUGUUCCCUGCCCUUCCUAUGCAUGCUUGCUGCAAAGUGCAGGCUCCCCUAGCUGAGGGAAAGUGCAGAGUACCCAAGAACAAUUUGGCUGCAGCUAUACAAAAAGGACCCAUCCCUUUCCUAGAUCUAGAGCAUGCGUGCUAUAGAUCACCAGCAUAUUUGCCACAGAUCCAGUAUAUGUGAUCUGGGAGGAAGACAACUGCUUUUUGCUGCCAGCUGCUAAAAAGGCAGCUCUGUACUUCCUAAGCUCUCAUACUCUUCAUAGAUUACUAAAUGGCUAAAGCAGUGUGUAUCUGUCCAGUUAGUUGCACUCCCUGCAGGGCUAAAGUGAGCUGGCAGUGGAAGAGCUCAGUGAAAAUGUUACAUACAAGCUCUGGAAGUUGAACAAACUCAGACUUGCUAGAGAGGUAAAAAAUACUAAAAGCCAGGAGUGGGGGUGUCAUGUCUGUAACAAAAGGAAGAACAAGGAAAUUGUAGGACAUGCAAGUGAUGGCAAAAUGUUGACACCUUCUUUGCCUCAACCUUAUCCCAAAAGUUUAACAGUAUUCAACUUGGGGAGGAUGGAGCAGAGGAUGCAGUAGGGGAAAUGCAGUGAAGAAUAGGUAAAGAGGCAGCACACGAAUAUCUGGUUUAACUAAGUGAAUUCAGGUCUCCAGGGCCAGAUGAACUCCAUCCAAGGAUAUUAAAAGAACUGGCAGAAAUAAUUUCAGAACCCCUGGCAAUUAUCUAUUGAGAAUUCCUGGGGAACAAGGAAACUUCUAGCAGAACCAAAGAAAGCAAAUGUUGUCCCCAUCUUCAAAAUGACCAAAAAAUAGGACUCAAACAAUAAACACCCAGUCAGCUGAUAUUGAUGCCAGGAAAGGUUCUGGGGAGAACAUUUCAUUAAAGUGACAGUCUGUAAGCACUUAGAAAGGAAUGCUAUACUCACAAAAAGGUCAAUGUGGGUUUCUCAAAAAACAAGUCAUGCCAGACUUAUCUCUCUCUUUUUGAGAGAUUGUGAGAGAGUUAUAAGAUUGGUAGAUGACAGGAAUGCUGUGGAUUUAGCAUAUCUUGAUUUCAGUAAUGCCUUUGACAAGGUUACCCAUGAUAUUUUUACAAAGAAGCUAUUAAAAUGUGGGCUAAACAAUGCUAUGGCUAGGUGUAUUUGUAAUUGUUUGAGUGACAGAACCCAAAAGGUACUCACCAAUGGUUUAUCUUCAUCCUGGAAAGAAGUGACUAGUGGGCGCUGCAGGGUUCUGUCCUGGGCCUAGUGCUAUUCAACAUCUUUCUUAAUGACUUGAACUGAAGGAAUAGAAGGCAUGCUUAUCAGAUUUGCAAAUGACACCAAAUUGGGAAGGAUAGCUAAUACCCCGGAGAACAGAAUCAAAAUUAAAAAUGACCUUAACAAAUUAGAGAGCUGGGCCAAUCCUAACAAAAUGAAUUUCAACAGGGAGAAAUGCAUGGUACUACAUUAAGACAAUAAAAAUAAAAUGUACAGAUAUAGAAUGGGUAACAGAGAAGGUGACCAAAAUAAUCAGAGGUGUGAAGCCAAGCCUUAUGAGGAACAGCUGAGGGACCUGGGUAUGUUUUGCUUGGAGAAAAGAAGACUGAGAGGGAACGUGAUAACCAUAUUUAAAUAUUUGAAAGGAUGUUACAUUGAGGAGGCGAUAAGCACGUUUUCUGCUCCUCUGGAGAUGAGGAUAUGGAGCAAUGGAUUCAAACUGCAGAAAAAAAGAUUCCACCUAAACAUUAGGAUUAAUUUCCUGACAGUAAGAGCUGUUUCACAGUGGAAUAUGCUGUUUUGGUGUGUGGUGGAGUCUCCAUCUCUAGAGGUUUUCAAGUAGAGGCUAGUUGGUCAUCUGUCGAGGGUGCUUUGAUUGCAAUGCCUGCAUGGCAAGAAGUUGGACUGGAUGUCCCUUCUGGUCUCUUCCAAGUCGAUAAUUCUAUAAUGUUACAUAGAACACUGAACCAGAUUUCUCACUUCUGUAUCCCUAGUGAAGCUUUUCUACAAAUAAAUCAGUUAUAAGAAUUAUAUCUAACCAUUUAAAUCAUCUGAGCAUCACUGUUAUGGCAGUGAAAGCCAACAGAAAGAAUAUUUUGAUACAUAUCCAGUGGGAUUUGAAGAACUGACACAUUUUGGGCUUCCCAACCCUCCACAUACAUACAUUCUUGCUCCUUUUACUUAUAUCCUCUCUUUAGAGGUCUUGAUUGAUGAUUAGCGCUAUUUCUUAAUGGAUUUGGAUCCAUACAGUGGGCAAAGAAUUUCAGUGUUCAUCUACCUUCAAAUCUACUUUAUUUCAGAACAUUGACUCAGCUUGGAGGAAAAUCAAUGGGAUGCUGUGUUAGAACAUCCCCUAUCAGUAUGUGUAGUCCAUGAGACUCCACUUCCCCAAGCAACCACCAUUGAUUCCUUACUUUCUUCUUUGAGUCCUUGUUGCUGGGCACUAAAAACGUUCACUUUCUCCUUUGACUUCCUGUUUUCUGAUAUUUUCAUGAUGUUUUCUGAUGUCUGUAUUCAUGUUCCCUCAAUUUGAUUUGCCAUAACAUUCAAAUGAGCAACUCCAUUUUUUGUAGCAGUACUCUUGAAAUUAAAGGGCCAGUGGAAGGAGACACGUGAUUUCUAUAAUCUCCAGCCCCAUUGUACCUGGAUUCUGCAUAACACCUCAGGCUUUGUGGUAGGCUUUUUCAUCUAGCGGUUAUUUCACCAACUGGCCCUGGAGACCUAAGCGGGUUUUUUUUUUUAGUGCAUUGAAGGGAAUUACUUGAAUGCACAUCAUUCCAAAUGCCCCACUUUUGUACAACAGUGGCUUUUCAUGUGAGUAGGGCUUCCUUACCGCUAUACACUGUCAGUUUACAAUAGGUCUUUGUGUGUGCACCUGUAUGUACAAAUAGCUGCACAUGUCUGUAUUUUCCUUUGUACAUAGAUCCAUAUACAUAGAUUCAUGCACUUGUUUGCUUAGGCUUAAGGCCAAAUUUACGUUAUGCCGUGCUAAAUACGUUGAUGGCAGUCAAUCUAGGUUGGCCCUUAUAGUCUUUCAUUGUCUGUCAAUAGUAGUAUGAUUUUCCCAAGAUUUCAUUUGACAGAUGACAAAAAUAUUAUUUUCUCUCACUUAUAAUCGACUUUUUUGGAGUUUUGUUUGUUUGUCUUUACGGAAAGCUGGAGGGAAGAUAUUUCUUCAUUUCACAGUAGUUGCUGCUUGUUUGUAAAUUCUGUGGUAAUGAAGGCAACGGUCUUGGUAUCAAAUAUCUAUCAAAAGGUUAUAUAUGUGGCAUGUGUGCACAUUCCUUUGCUCGCCUCUCAUUGUAUCCAGACACUGCAUACCCAUUUUGUUACCAUGUAAGGAUAUCCACACAUUAGCCCAAAUAAACGCAGCAUAUUGUGUAGACUACGAUUAUACAGGCAUCACAAAGCAGGCAUAAGGUGUAGUCCCCUAUCUAAAUAGUAUCAUCUCAUGACUCAUAAGAGGGACUGCUCCCACAUGUAAAUUAUGUACACUAGGAUGAAUCCUUCAAGGAAAUACCUGUCCCACAUUUGGAAAGCUUCGAUGUAAGGGAGAUAACUAGCCUGGUAGUCUAACUCUAGCAUUUUUCUGGGCGUAUAAACUUUCUACAUGCUGGGAGAUUUUGACAAGAAGGAAGUUUUCAGACAAACAAUCCCUCAUAGCAUUUUGAUCUGCUCUGCUUAUGUGGAAAUACAUCCUGCUUCCCAGCCUGAAUGGUUUGGUGGCUGAAAUACAAAGCAUUUUGGGGAGGGGGAGUUGUUCUCUUGCUGACUGAAUAUAAUAAUAAUAAUAAUAAUAAUAAUAAUAAUAAUAAUAAUAAUAAUAAUAAACUUUAUUUAUACCCCGCCACCAUCUCCCCAAUGGGGACUCGGGGCGGCUUACAUGGGGCCAUGCCCAAGACAAUACAAUAAACCAUAACAUAAUACAAUUAAAUAACACAUUACAUAAAAUAAACAGUACAACAUAAGAUCAAAACAGCAAUAUAACAAGAGCGGGCCGCAUGAACACUACAUUUAAAAACUAGAUUAAAAAUUAAAACUCUGGGUGAGAAAGGGAUCAGAAUAAAACCUCGAGGGAUGGGACAUCAGAUAGUGAACCAGUCUAGAGGAUAAAUAUUGGGGGGGAGUAGCAUAGAACAUUUACUCUCCGAAAGCACACCGGAAGAGCCAUGUUUUUAAAUCUUUCCUGAAGGCUAAAAGGGUGGGGGCUUGCCUGAUUAUAAGCUCUACUUACCUAUCUCUAAACAUGGACACACAUUACUGUAAUAUUUUUCCACCCUUUUUCAUGAUUCUUCUUUCUUAAGGUUUAGGCUGAAAAAUGUUUGAUUUAGGUUGCUUCUACAUUGGAUUGGUUAGCCUGGUCUCAGUCUGCACUCAGAGCAGCCCCAGAUUCAGCACUUACUGCAUCUGUCCAUCUGGUCUGUCCUCUGCCAUUGUUCCUGGCCAACCAUGGGGACUCCUGGCCAUCACCAGCAUCUUUGCCUGCAUGACCAGUAAGAAGCGAGAGAGGGGGUUGAAAGGACCUCUAUCUCCUUCGCCUGCUCUGAUCAGUUCAGGGAAAGGGUAAUGAUGGCAGUGUCCAUCUAUCAAAUUGAACUUCAGAGUUUCCAGCAAAGGCCAAUGUAUUCUAGCCCCCCCCCCCACACACACACACUUUGCUUAAAGCAGAGCAAAGUUGAAGUGUAGCAGAAAAAAAAUAUCCACCAUAUUCAGUGGAAGCCACUGUAUAUCAUGAUAACUGCCAGAGAUCAACUCAUGCUGAGUAGGUGUUUGGAGACAGUGUAGACGAGCCCUGAGAGCUGGAAAAAUAUCAGCAUAGAUAUUUUGUUGCUUUGAGUCCUUGGAUACAUUUGGGUAUAAUACAGUGAGCUAUAAUGAUGGGGAAAGCUACUGUGCACAAUGUGACCAUCUUAAGAUGGGAAAGUAGCCCUCACCAGACAUGUGCAGUCAAUAGAAGUAGUCUGCAAAAUAUUUACUCUGCCAUAGUUGUAAUUAUUUAAUAAAAGUAGUGUAAAUUUUAAUAAUUGGCCAAUUGAAGCAUGGAAUAAUUAUGCCUUCUAGUCAUUAGUGGUUUUAAAAUUCCAGUUAAACAUUCAAAUUAAUGAAUAGAAUGUCCUAUCUAUAGUCUUGCUCCAGAAGCAGCACUCAGACCUAGAAUCCCCUUCUUUGGAAACCUCGUCUUCCUUCCUCCAAGAGAAUGUGGAUCCUAAAUGCAGAAUGCAGCAACAGUUGUCAGUUUUUCAAAUGGCAGUAUUUUGCAUACAGAAAAUAUGAAAUUUGAGUCCAUCUUCAUAAAAGAUCCGGUGUUGCAUGUAACAGUCCUUUGAGAGAAAUAAUAAAGGGAUCCGCACAGUGCUUUUGCAGGGUAGGUGGGCCCAACCUGCCUAGAAAUGUUUCCUGUAUUGCUUCAGGCAUUCUUUCUCAUGGCCAUCUUUCCCCCAAGAAUUGAAUUACCAGGAACAUAAUGGAGCCUGCUCUUAUUAGGCAGCUGCCUGACAAACUCUUCUAAGAUGCACUGCUUGUUCAGUGACUGGCCUGGCAUCUUAUGCGCUCUUGGUCUUUUGGCACUUGCUGUGAUUGUAGAGGGACCGAAGGAUGGAGUGACGAAUAAAAUUACCAUCCAUCUGUAGUGAGAACACACCAGAGCAUCCCAAGAACAACAAAUGUUUCAUCUCUUCCAUUCUAACCACAGCUCUGACACUGUUUGUUGCAACGGUAGUUACAAAUGCUUUGGUAGCCUAUACCUGGAGUAGAAUGCAGAUCUCCACAAUUGACAAAUAUGGGCAAAACUAAGUAAAGGGUACCUGCUUUUCUAACUUCAUUUUAAAGCUGAAGUCAUCCAGGUUUCUUAACAUCUCACUUUAAUAAGCCUCAUGUCCACUGGUGUCAAUGUCUCAUUUUCAUUAGCAUCGUAUUCUGUGUCAUUACUAAGAUUCUCUGUUUUAAACAGUCUGUGGUAUUUGAUCAGAAGCCCACUGAAACUCACAAGAGCCUGUGAUUAGUCAUCAUGAAAUUUCAGUGUUGCAUAAGAACAGUCUGGGAAUCCAGAAAUCUACACAAUGAAUGGACAGUGCAGCAGAUUUUUAGGCUGUAUAAAAUGUAGCCCACGGGCUUGUUUUCUUUGUUAGUGUCCAUGAACUUGAAAGUUUGGAUUCCUUACAAAUGUUGUUCUGAGCAUUUUAAGAUCUGUGGCUUUUGUUAUGCCUCCCUUUCUUUUCUUUUCUUUCGUUUUCUUUCUUUCCCUUUGCUUUGCUUUGUCUUCAAUUUUUCAUCCAUCAGUGUGUCACAACACAUUUUCAGCCACAAAAGCAAGGAAAAUCAUCCUUCAGAGGAAAAGAAAAGCAGAGCACUCCUUACAUAUCUCAUCUGGUCUCCCACAUUGCUAGUAUCAGUUUUAAAUCUAAAUUCUACUGAGAUUCAUGACUACUAUCUAUCUUACAUUCCAUUCUAUAGGAUCUGGACUUCUAUCUCCUACACUUGCUCUUUUCUUAUCUUCAAUAUUAUAUUUGAGUGUAUCUCAUAGGUACAUAAAGGUCUUAACAUACAGGUGUUUAGGAUUCAACCUUCAAAAUCUCAUGGGUUCCAUAUUGAUGAUUUGGGAAUAAUAUCUGGUCUGUGUUGGCUGGCCAUUCCAUAAAGCUCACAUAAUAAAAAUACAGUUUAUUAUUUAAAGUUAAUUCAAAUAUCUAAGAGAUCACUUGCAAAGCUGAAAAUUGUGGUUUGUGUGUGUGUGUUUGUGGGUGUUCAGAAGGGAUAUUGUAUUUGGAUAUGAAAUCUGCAGAAUGUAACUGAGUGAGAGCCUGCCUUGAGGAGUAAAAUAAAGUGACAAUGAACUACUUGUCAUUUGUUAAGAUAUUAGUAAAGCUGUUAGAAAAUUUUGCUUUUUAGUUUGGUCCUGAAAUGAAAAUUCAUAUUCUGUUAUGUAUUUAAUCAAUAUUUUGGUAUAAUGUAUAAGAAGUAAAGUGAUCUAUGUGUCAGACUGGUUUAGAUAUAGGUGUUUGGAAUGGGAUGGGGUGGGAUGAAAUCCUUCUUGAAAUUAAAUAUGGCUUUCAAAAAGCAA